GCCACGUCUUUGGCACGGGUGGUCGUCUUGGGGACUAGCUUCGAGACUGGAGCGGGGCGCCAUGGCGGACUGGACUCGAGAUUUUUCUUUGAGAACCAGUCUGACAUUCAAAGAUGGCGAUAUCCAUGGAGCUCAGAACCCUGGUGCUGUGGAGGAGAUUCUAGACCGGGAGAACAAGCGGAUGGCUGACAGCCUGGCCUCCAAGGUUACCAGACUCAAAUCGCUGGCCCUAGACAUCGAUAGGGAUGCAGAAGACCAGAACCGGUAUCUGGACGGCAUGGACUCGGAUUUCACAAGCAUGACUGGUCUGCUCACUGGAAGCAUGAAGCGCUUUUCCACGAUGGCACGGUCUGGGCGAGACAACCGGAAGCUUCUGUGUGGUAUGGCUCUGGGUCUGAUCGUGGCCUUCUUCAUCCUCUCCUACCUCUUGUCAAGGGCAAGGACGUGAACCAGUGGGAGCCAAGGGCAGCCAGGGUUUUCUUCAACCUGGUAUCCUGGGCUCUUCAGGACUUAAAUCUACAAAAUAUUCCUUUGAAAUUAUCAUCACGAUCAGGAAUCUUCUUCCUUUGUGGUGGGAACUGUGACUGCCUCUGACCUGAUGAACUCGUUUUGCCUGGUUCCAUUUGUGAAGGGGACCCUUUCCUUGCCUAGGGGAAGCCAAGGCCCAGCCCCCAUCCCUCCUCCUGGAUGCCAGAGACACCCAUUCUGAGCAGAGCAGCUCUGAGUCCUGAAUGAGUCUACUCAUGGCCAGCCGCUCUUUUCUGAGCCUCCCAGUCCUCAGGGGUCUGAUAUCUUAAGGCUUUUCUGCCCUGUGUUGGCUAUGCCUGGAUGAGGCUGUGUCUGUGAUCUGAAAAGCCCGAGGCUGACACAGGGAGCGGGUAUGACUGAGAACCCCAUUUGAGCUGUCUCCUCCAAUGAAGGGUCCUAAGCCUGGAUAUAGGACUUAUUUGGGUGGACCAGUGUGGGCCAAGAGCCCUGUUCUAAGGACUUUGCUCUCAAGUUCCUGGAUGAGAUCAGUUCCCCAUGAAGAUCAGGGGCUGUGGAGGCAGGAGUGCAUCAUAACCUUACCAGGAGGCACUGGGCUGGRAGCCUUCUGGGUCACAUAGUUGUAUGUCUAGGAGCAUAAAUGACGUCUUCAGGAUUUAGGAGCUCCCUAGUGCCUAAGAUGUAUCCCCUGGAAAAUAAUCAAGAAACAGGCCAGUGUGGCUUUACAAAGUCAGGCAGUUCCUUGGGGAGGUCUUCCCUGUAAGCAUCCUCCUUAUAGGGGUGGAGAUCACCUGUUGAGAGACCUUGUGCUACUUGUAGUGAGAACUUUACACCUCCACCUGCUCUGCCCCACCUUGCCUCCCACAGCUAGUCGCCCUCCCUCCCAUAACUUGCUGUGGGGCUGCUCUGAGCUAUCAUCUUUGUCCCUGACUCUGUAGACUGCCCUUUCCACCUGUUUCCUUGACCCUCACCACUCACUUGUCCAGCUCUAGGCCAAUACAGACUGAAUUAUGGGGCUGGCCAAGCCAGCAGCUGCUGAGGGUCCUCACCUUUGUCUUCACAAGAAAAGUAUCUUUAAGGAAUUAGCCCUGCAGCUCAGUGUCCUUUUUUGUCUUCAUUCUAGUUUGUCUCCCAGUCAUUCCCKCUCUUCCCCAGGACUGUUGGCUCACUGUUCCCCACUAGUGUGCCACAUCGUGAGGCCUGUCCAUCCAGCCAUCUCUGAGCUCCAUGUUGACACAGAACAGCUGUAGCCUGUCCUCUCAGUGUCCUGGCCACAGUCCCAGGCACCUAUCACUUCCUCCUCCUCUAUUUAGCAGGUCCUUUUGUCUACACACCCUCACCACAAUCCCCUUUUUUCAUCUCCUGGCCCUUCCAUUGCACCUGCUGAGCCCCUAAGCCUCUAGAGGGGGAGGAUCUGCUGCCUUUUGUUUUUUCUCUUCCAGCAUGAAGUCAAUUCUCACCGCCUCCUUUCUCUGUGUCUUUGUUAAUUCCCUGACACUCUCCCAGCUGGGCUGUUCUGGCUUUUGCUUCCUUCUUGGGCAUCUCUUCAUAGGCCCUGUCACCCUUGUCACCCUCCACAACUUUGGUUUAGCCCUUGGUUCAUCACCAAMCAUGGUAGCAGUUACCUGUGUUGUGUCGCCACCUGGUCACUACAGGCACUGUAGAGGGCACAUCCAUAUUCCAACUCUACAUCCCCGUCAUCCUGGGUCAUGCACUGCUGAGGACAUGGCUGAACUAUGGGAACCACCAGAUGCCAGGACACACUUGCCAGGGUCAGAGCCCACUUAUCUUGCCUGUGAUACUAAGGAUUUAGACCUGUAUUUCAUGAUGACCUUCCCCUGGAGAAGUGCUUUUGCUGUCUCUGAGACCUCCGAGUUGGGUUUCUUCCUCAGGUCUUCAUCUCUGUCCUCAGCACUCUAUCUCCACAGCUCUUACAGUUCUUCCAGUAGUUUUCAGGUCUGUUUUGUAGUUCCUUUCUAGUUUACUUGUUUGCUCCUUGUUCUUCUCCUUGCAUUCUAUGAAUUUUAUGAAAUGGGAUGGCAGCCCUACUGCCACUGGGUCAGGCCARUUUCCUGAAGGGUUCUAACCAUGGUCCUCCAGCUCAGCCCUGUGUACCUGGCUCCUGACCCUAUGGGUAAGUGGGUUUUGCUGACUUGGUCUCCAAUACCAGUAUUCCAGAAACAGUCUUGGGGGUCCAAUGUGAGGGUUGAGAGCCCAGUAUGGGGGCCCAGUGUGAGAACAAGCUGCCAGGCUAUGCCACAAUUCAAGCACAUCUCUACAAUAAAAAUGUGGAAUAAAUAGCUUUGUGGAGA